UAUUAUCAUCUUGACCUUGGUGAUCAUUACCCCAAAUUUCACUCUUCCCCACCUCAUAUUUUCAUCUCCUUCGAUCCUUCUUACCUCAUCCUAGCCACUAUCUGUGUAUCGCACUCACAGCUUCUUCUAUCACAAUUCUUUUGAAGUUGACAAAUGAGACACAACUCAUACAUAGACUUUCUGUAACUGUGAGACUGAGACAUACACAGAUACACAAGGAACGUGUCAGUGAUUUCCCUUUUCCCUGAUUCCUCAUUUUGUAAGAUCCCAAGAUUAUCAGGUUGUAAAUCUUGGGGUUGAUUUAACAUUCAAUAAAAAUGUUGGGUCGGUCUGGAUUUUCUAGACCUGGAGGUUUCAGACCUGAGAAUUUAGGUCAGAACACCAUGGCCAUGAUUGGGAAUGUUUGUUUCUCAGUGUUUGUUAUUGGUGUUUUGGUGUUUACUAUUAUGGCUGCUACUUAUGAACCUGAGGAUCCUUUGUUUCACCCUUCAACAAAGAUUACAACAUUCCUCACUUCCAAAUCCAAUGCUACUUUUAAGUCUGAUAACAGUGUUGUUAGAACUGGUGAGGAUUUUAUGGCUGCUAAUGAGUCUGUGUUUGGCUCUAUUAUUAACAUGACUGAUGUUGAUAACUCGGUUAGCGGUGAGUCGAACGAGGCUGAAGCGACGCAGUGUGAGGGGAAUUCUGGUCCUAUUGAUUGUAGGGAUCCUGAGGUUUUUCAUUUGAUGAUGAGAGCUACUAUUGAAAAGUUUAAGGAUAUUCAUUUUUAUAAAUUUGGGAAACCUGUGGCAGGGUCUAAUGAUAGUACUUGCGAUAUGGCGUGGCGGUUUAGGCCGAAAGAUGGGAAGGCUGCGGCGUUUUAUAAGGAUUAUAGGAGGUUUGUGAUUGAGAGGUAUGAGAAUUGUACGCGUAGCAUUGUUAGCAUUGGGGAGUAUCAUACCGGUAUGAAUGCGAGGAAGAGGAAGAAGAAUCAGAAAGGUGGACUAGAGAAGACGUCGUUGCAGCCGGAUCAGGUGAAUGCAUUGCCGGUUGUUGGAGAGUUUGUUAAUGAUAGCCUUCCUGUAGUUGAGUCGGAAAGCUCAUUUAGUCGAGGUAAAUACUUGGUUUAUAUGGGUGGUGGAGAUAGGUGUAAGAGCAUGAAUCAUUUCUUGUGGAGUUUCUUGUGUGCUCUAGGAGAAGCUCAGUAUCUUAACCGAACAUUGGUUAUGGAUUUGAGCAUAUGUCUCUCAUCGAUCUACACUUCGUCGAAGCAGGAUGAGGAAGGGAAAGAUUUUAGGUUUUACUUUGAUUUUGAGCAUUUGAAAGAGGCGGCGUCUGUGUUGGACAAGGAUCAGUUUUGGGCAGAUUGGAGUAAGUGGCAACAAAAAGACAGGAUGAAUCUUCAUCUCGUGGAGGAUUUCAGGGUCACGCCGAUGAAACUUAGGGAAGUGAAGGAUUCUUUAAUAUUGAGAAAGUUUGGAUCUGUCGAGCCGGAUAACUAUUGGUAUAGAGUCUGCGAAGGAGAGACAGAAUCUAUUGUUCAAAGGCCAUGGCAUUUGAUAUGGAAAUCGAGGCGGUUGAUGGAAAUAGUGUCCGCAAUAGCUUCAAGGUUAAACUGGGAUUACGACUCGGUUCAUGUUGUGAGAGGUGAAAAAGCAAGGAACAGGGAUCUUUGGCCAAAUCUCGAUGCACACACCUCCCCGGACGCACUUCUCUCAACCUUGCGGGACAAGGUUGACGAAGGAAGAAACCUCUACAUUGCAACAAACGAACCCGACACAUCUUUCUUCGAUCCUCUAAAGGAUAAAUACACAACUCAUUUUCUCGAUGAGUAUAAGGAACUUUGGGAUGAAACUAGCGAAUGGUACUCCGAGACAACGAAACUAAACAACGGUGUUCCAGUAGAAUUUGAUGGCUACAUGAGAAUAUCCAUUGAUACAGAAGUGUUCUUGAGAGGUAAAAAGCAACUUGAAACUUUCAAUGAUUUGAGCAGUGAUUGCAAGGAUGGUAUCAAUACAUGUAAUGUUGCAGCAAAUUAAAUUUCUGUAAGAUUUGAAAUUCCAAUGUUUCAUACAUUGAAAAAACAUACGUGUACUCUUAGUUGUUAUGUGUUGCAUUUGAGACUUUUGUAACCUUUAGUUGUGGCAGUGAGGAGUAAAAUCAUGUAGUUUUGUAUUGUAAGAGUAGUCCCACCCUGGAAAUUUUGAAGUUCUUGAUUGAAAUUUGUGUUAUGCUUUAA